AUGGAACAUCCGGGCCCAAAUGCUGUCUACCUGGGAGCCAUUAGCAGCCCGUGCCUCACAGCUGUAUGUGUGAUGUUAUAUGGUUUCAUAACUCUAUUGUCUCUUGUCACCGUUUGUGGAAACCUCCUUGUGGUAAUUGCUGUAAUUUACUUUAAACAAUUGCACACUCCUACUAACAUCCUCAUAGUGUCCCUGGCUGUGGCUGACCUGUUGGUUGGGCUGUUAGUUUUUCCUUUCAGCAUGUUUUUUUCUCUUAGUUCAUGUUUGUAUAAUGCCAGCUUAUUUUGUAAGAUAAGAGACAGCCUUCAUAUAUUGUUCAGCCUAUGCUCUAUUUUGCAUCUCUGCUGUAUUUCUCUGGACAGAUAUCACGCAGUGUGUCAGCCUCUAACAUAUAAAUCUAAAAUCAAUGGCCAUGUUGUCUUCAUUAUGAUUGCUGUGAGCUGGGGUGUUUCUGUAUUCGUUGCCAUCGCUGUUGUACAAACUAGAUCUACCAAUGAUGACUGUCAGGACAUGUGCUUUAUUGAUGUUAUCAUGGCAAACAUUGUUGCACCUUUACUGUCAUUCUAUGUUCCUAUUCUCAUAAUGAUUUGCAUUUACCUGAAGAUAUUUGUUGUUGCACAGAGACAGGUACGCAGCAUCCAAACCAGAACAAAGCCUGGAGCAACUGUCAGUAAGAUGGAGAGAAAAGCCACCAAAACUCUGGCUAUUGUUUUAGGAGUUUUUCUGUUUUGCUGGGCUCCUUUCUUUUUUUUCUUAACUUUUCAACCUUUAGGAAAUAAUUCAGCACCAGUUCCUGUAAUUGAAACAGUCACAUGGUUUGGACUGUCAAACUCUACACUAAAUCCAUUUAUCUAUGGUUUCUUUUAUAGCUGGUUCAGAUCAGCCUUUAAAAUGAUUGUAUCAGGGAAAAUUAUUAAAGGAGACUUUGUUAACAUGAAGUUGCACUAA